AUAUUUUAAGGCUUCAUGUUGUUGAUUUAUUUCUGUAAAUCUUACAAAAAUCGAAUAUUUCUCACGUUUUCUUUGCAGGUAAAAGUGCAGAAGUGGUGCUCACUCCUCACCCCUGCCACGUGGACCUCAAGGGAUAAACCAUCAAUCCUGCUCAAUGCCUUUGUUGCCACCCACCAGUUGAUUCCUGCUCAGUGUUGGGAGGCGACAGGAGCAGAGAGAAGGCCCACACAGACGUUUCCCUUCAGGAUUUCAGCUUUCGCGGAUGCAACUCUAACAGCCAAGAUGCUGCGUUUGACCUCAGGACGUCUGGGGAGUCUGCUGGCCAGGAGGACGAGCGUCAUGUCCGCCAGCAGCAGCAGGAUGGCGAGCCAUGAGGUGUCAGACACGGUGGACAUGUCUCGGCCGAUGUACUGCGACCGUCUGGACAUCCCUCUGCCGGACAAACCUUACAGAGAUGUCCUGACGGAUGCUGAGGAGAGCCUGAAACAGAAGGAGAAAGGACCCUGGAGCCAGCUGAGCAGAGAGGAGAAGAUCGCCUUGUAUCGGCUCUCGUUCUGCCAGACCUACGCGGAGAUGAAGAAGCCGACUGGAGAGUGGAAGACUGUCAUCGGUGGCAUUUUCUUCUUCGUGGGCUUCACUGGCCUGGUGGUCUGGUGGCAGAGAAUCUACGUCUACCCCCCUCGCCCCAGGACCUUUGAUCCCGAGUGGCAGGCCAUGCAGCUGCAGAGGAUGUUGGACAUGAGGGUCAAUCCAAUCCAGGGCUUCUCCGCCAAGUGGGACUAUGAGAAGGGUCAGUGGAAGUGAACCGGUCCGGGCCGAGCUGGACCACCUGUCUCAGAAGAGCUUCUGCCAACAUCUACAUGAAUUUAAAGAGGCUCAUUUGAUUGACAGCUUCUGUGAUUUCAGUCCCUGCAGCCGUCCUCGUGUCUUCAGACAAUAAAAACGUUGUCUUCUACCUAAAA